AUGAAGUUGAACAUCGCUUAUCCAGUUACAGGUUGCCAAAAGCUCCUCGAUAUCGAUGAUGAUCGUAAAUUACGUCCAUUUAUGGAAAAACGUAUUGCUCAAGAAGUCGAUGCCAGCUGUUUGGGCGACGAAUGGAAAGGUUAUACAUUACGUAUAACUGGUGGAAACGAUAAACAAGGUUUUCCAAUGAUGCAAGGUGUUUUAACCAACCAACGUGUACGUUUACUUCUCGACAAACGUCACAAAUGUUACCGUCAACGACGAAAAGGUGAACGUAAACGUAAAUCCGUUCGUGGUUGUAUCGUCGAUCAAAACUUAUCAGUUUUGGCUUGCGUUGUCAGCAAACGUGGUGAACAAGACAUUGAUGGUUUAACCAACAAAACAAUCCCACGUCGUCUUGGUCCAAAACGUGCCAAUCAUAUUCGUAAAUUAUUCAACUUGAGCAAGGAAGAUGAUGUACGUAAAUAUGUUGUCAAACGACCAUUAACCAAAGAAAGCAAGAAGCCACGAGUUAAAGCACCCAAAAUCCAACGUUUAAUAACACCACGACGUGUUCAACGUAAACGUCAUGCAUUAGCAUUGAAGAAACGUCGUGCUGAAAAACAACGUGUUCUCCAAAAUGAAUAUGCUAAAUUACUCCAACAGUACGCCAAGGAAAAACGUGAACGUAAACGUAGCGAAUCAAAACGUCGUUCAUCAACACGAUUAUCCGAAUCGAAAUCAUAA